ACCGCACCAUUAUGCGCGUUUUUAUUGCGUUUUUUAUUUGUCUCCUCACAACCAGAAUAUUUCGCUAAACAAAUUACCAUUCUGAACUGGAGAAAAGACAAGUUUCAUGAAGAUAUGAAGGCUUCUCUUGUAAAAGAAUCGGAUCCCAAACCUAAUCAGUGAUGGAUUUCUUUAUACUAAUUGUGGCUUAUGGAGUGACAUUUGCAUCGUUUUCCUACAUUCUCCUGCUUGGUGAUGGCAGGUAUCAUCGAAAUGGUGUUAUUGGAAAAUUGAGACAAGCUAUUGUGCAGACAGUGAAAUGGAUGCACGAGAAUCUCCUACCUGAAGCUAUUCAACGUUUGGUGAGCAGAAUAAUCAACUACCUUAUCCAUGAAAGAAAUCCUUGUUUUCAAUACUUCUACAUCAUGGUGCUCUUGCUUGCCCUAUACUUCUACACAGUUGAUGUUCUUCCACUAGCUUUAACCGUUGGUACCCCUCCGUCAAUCAUUGUCAUCUCUUAUUUCUGCUUUGCUUCAUGCUUCGUCUUCUUUGUAAUCUGCUCUAAGAGUGACCCAGGGGUCAUCACCAUAGAGACACUGCAUACAUUCAGAGAUGUGUAUGAAAUGGACUAUGUACUGUAUCAGAAGGGUGCUGAGUGCUGGACUUGUAAAUUUGAAAAGCCAGCCAGAUCCAAACACUGUGGCACAUGCAACCAUUGUGUUCAUCGCUUUGAUCACCAUUGCACGUGGUUAAACAAUUGCAUCGGGGGAUUCAACCACCGCUACUUUCUUGCUCUAGUCACGUCUUUGUUCUUUGGGACAGGUUUUGUAUCUUACAGUAUCAUGUCUACCCUGAGUCAGUAUGCCAAGGCAUCCCGUUUACUGGAGUCUAGCUAUGUAGGACCCGAUGGGAAGCUUUGGCCGGUGACCUUCCGAGUUGCUGUACAGCAUUUAUUUAUGGAGAGACCUAUGCCUGUGUUCAUCAUGAUGUCACUGGCACUACUCAGCCUCUUGGUGGCAGCAUUCAUGUUCUAUCACAUCUACCUUGCCAUAACAAACCAAACCACCAAUGAGCGUUAUAAGCGAUCCCAUAUCGAUAUGCAGGAAAUUCGUCAGCACUGCAGAUCAUCUAGCAGAUGCUCAAAACGGGGCAACAGUCACAAAAGAUCACAUUCCAAGCAAGAUAAUAGUAAGCAUUCAGACUAUUCAUGCAAAAAUAUAUACAAUAAAGGUUUUAUAAAGAAUUUAUGUGAAAUUAUUUUUCCAGUUUGUAACAGAUGACAUUAUGGGGAAGCUAAACAGCCAUAUACCUAUUCUUCUGUAUACAGUUUGGAGUUUAAGGAAGCAAUUAUUUUUUAAUAACUUCUGGUAGCUAUGAAACACAUUGUUGACAUUCCGAUACUUAACAAUAGGGUUGUGCAAAUAAUUUGAAA